AUGCACUCCCAUCCUUCCUUUGCGAAGCUGGCCCUUUACCGCGACCAGCGACGCGCGGCCAAGGCGGCUCGCAGCCUCGACAGCACCAGGCCCUCUGGUGUCUCCAAGCUCAACAGGAUCGGAAAGCUCUUCAGGCCUCGCAAGCAUGUCUCGCACUCCCUCUUCCGCAGCAUUCAUGAGCGGGAUCCCACUCCCCACCGGCCUAGGUCUGUCAAUCUUCGCUCAUCUUCCAGCUCUCGGUCGUCCUCGAACAUGCUCUCGGAGGACGAAGUCCUUCGCCAGAAUCUGGCUUCAAGACGCUACCAGGCCGAUCAGCCUCCACAAGACCGUUUCGGCUGGUUCAGGACUAGCCCUCAGCCUCUGGACGUACAUGUCAGACGCCCUCCCGCAGAUACUAUCUUCUCCCCCUCCCGCUCGGAGCCGCGGAACUUGCGCUCUCUCGCCACUGCCGCCCACGAGUCCAUGGUAGAGGUCCCGCCUCUUUGGAGCUUCCCGUACUCCCCUUCUGCGUUCUGCCUGCGGCACUAUUCUGAUUGGGACGUAACCGACGAGCUCGGGAGGUCUCUAGGUAGACUAACCAUCCGUAAUCCGGACUGCGAGGACGAACAGCGCGACGACUGCGAGCUACUGCAGUCUCCAGAGGCGUAUGACAUGUCUUGUGAUUCUCCUGCCGACGCUCUGGCGGAGGCUCGACGAAAGCUUGGGAUGAGCUGUGACCAGGCUGCCAUCUCUACUAUGCACUCUGGCUCUAGAACUGACACGGGCGAUACCUCAUCGUUCAGACUCUCUGAUCUCAUGCCAAGCCGCGAAAGCAUCGGUAUGAGCUGCGUCGAUGCUACCAUCUCUACAGUCUGGACCGAGCCUGUACCCGACAACGUCGCUCAGCCAACAUCUCGCUUCUCCGAGACCCCCGAGGGCUCCCCUAUGGCCAUCUCCCCGCCGAGGAUUACGAUCACCUCCACAAACGCCUCCUCUGAGAAACCGUACCAGCCUCCUCCCAUCGCGCCUUCUGUUCCUGUUCCUGCAGCUGCCCCCUCCCAACGUCGUCACCUCGGCGAACUCACGAACCAAAACCCCGCCGUGCUCGAGAUGCGCAAACGCAAAGGGGGCGCCAAGCCCAAAUCCAGCGCCAACCUCCGGGCCAGAGUGUUGAAGAAGUCCGCGGAUGACCCCUUUACGAUCGGCACCGCCACCACCACGGCGCUCGUGAGCACCAAGUCGCUCCCCUCCGUUAAGUUCGCGUUCGCCUCGCCGCCGCCCGUCCCGCGCCCCGGCCACGGCGCGCACGCGUACCUGACGACGCGCUACCCGCACACGCCUGAGACGCCGACACCGCGCAUGUUCUCCGCGGGCCACGGCAAGUCGACGACGACGAUGACGCUGCGCAAGCGCGCCGUGAGCGACUCGAAGUCAGCGAAGACCGUCCAAGCUGAAACUCGAGCUGAAGGCGGCAAACACAAGACCGCGGCGUUACUCGCGCGCCCGUUUGUCUUGCCCCCGUUUCGGGAUUUUCCACACGCGAAUCGUGGCGUUUGAAGCCUUGGAUUGCUAAGGGGCUCAGAUUGCC